AUGCCUCUCCCAAAGCCCUACUUCCUCCGGCGCACGCCCGGGCCCGACACAUUCAAUACCGCACGCGCACUCGUAAAGCACCUACUGUCUACGGCACCCGGCCCGCAAACGACGCGCGCGCUGUUCGCCGCUGGAACGCAGCUGCAGCAGAUUCCUGGGUCUGAAACGCCUCUGACGCGCGUGGUGAAGAAGGGACAGAAUGAGGAGGAGCAGCAUGUUGUGCGGUCGUUGUCGUAUCUGAAAGCCGUGAUCCACGACCUCAAAACCCGCAACCAAAUCUCCCAAGUCCAAAUCCCCUCGCCCCACACCCACCGCAAACACAUCUUCGCCUGGGCGUCCUUCGUACCCAAACACGCGCCCUCCGCCCCAGUCAUCAAGAAGCCCAAGGCGCCGUGGCUGCCGAGCGCGCUGGCGGCUAUACGGCUCGGUGGGGACCUCACGCAUUUGAAUAGAAGGAAGAGGCGCAAGGCGUUGAUGGAGGUUCGCGUGGGCGCGUUGAGGUUGCAUUCGCAGGCGGAUUUGGAGAGGAGGGAGAGGGAGGGGUUGGAGGUGGAGAGGAGGAGGGCGGAGAGGAAGGCGAGUAGGGAGGUAGUGCCGCCUGCGGGAGACGUCGGCGCUGUUGAAGCGCGCGCGUAG